AUGUGUGACGAUGGUAUCAAAGCCACGUAUGGUCUAGUAGCACAGAAGCAGAUGCAGAGCCACGUGCUGCGUCUACUGAAGGAGAGAGCUGACCCCAACACUCCUAUCUCCUCUGGAGGAUCUCUUCUACACCUGUGUGCUCGUCAUGACAAUGUGUUUGCGGCUGAAGUUCUGAUCGAGCGAGGGUUAAACGUCAACUUGCAGGAUGAGGACCUCUGGACAGCCCUGCACAUAGCGUGUGUGUGUGACCACGCCGACAUGGUGCUGCUACUACUGCUGACUGGGGUGAAUGUUCUACUUCAGGAUGUGAACGGAAGCAUUCCACUGGACUACGCCACUGAGGGAACCGAGACCAGCUACAUCCUCCGAAAACACCUGGAGGAAAACGGUAUAGAUGUGUUGUCCAUGCACACUAUGCGUACCCAGAGGCCCAGCACCAUGUUGUCUGAUGUUCGACAGCUGGUCUCCAGCGGGGUCAGUCUCAACCAACGCAACAACGACGGGGUUACUUUGCUCCACAUAGCGUGUGCUAGUGGCUACAGGAGGUGGUGGUCUGUGCUGCUGGAGGACGGGGCUGCCUCAGCCUCCGACAACGGCUAUUGGACACCUCUCCACCUGGCUGCCAAUAUGGACAGCCUUCCCACUGGAGCCCUACCCGCUGGAGCCCUUCCACUGGAGCCCCUACCCGCUGGAGCCCUUCCCCGCUGGACCCCUACCCGCUGGAACCCUACCCGCUGGAGCCUUCCCCGCUGGAGCCCUCCCGCUGGAGCCCUUCCGCUGGAGCCCUCCCGCUGCGAGCCCCCCGCGUGGAGCCCUUCCGCGCUGGAGCCCUUCCGCUGGAGCCCUACCACGCUGGAGCCUGGCGCUGGAGCCCUUCCGCUGGACGGCCCUUCGCCGUGGGAGCCCUACCUGCUGGAGCCCUGGCGCUGGAGCCCUACCGCGCUGGACCCUUCCGCUGAGCCCCUACCUGCUGCGCUGACCCCUACCCUCCCUGGAGCCCUUCCCGCUGGACCCCUUCCCGCUGGAGCCCUACCUGCUGGAGCCUGGCGCUGGAGCCCUACCCGCUGGAGCUCUACCCGCUGGACCCCUACGCUCGCUGGGCUUCCUGCUUGGAGCCUCCCUACUUCCUCAGUCUGGACCUCGCUGGAGUCUCCUUCCCGCUGGAGCCCUAACCUGCUGGAGCCUGGCGCUGGGCCCUACCUGUGGAGCCCUACCCCGCUGGAGCCUUCCCCUGGACCCUACCCGCUGGAUAGCCCUUCCCGCUGGACCCCUUCCCCGCUGGAGCCCUCCCGCUGGAGCCCGUCCGCUGGCAGCCCUACCGCUGGAAACCUUCCCUGGAACCCUUCCCGCUGGAGCCCUACCCGCUGGACCCUCCCGCUGGAGCCCUUCCGCUGGAGCCCUCCCGCUGGAGCCUGGGCUGGAGCCCUUCCCGCUGGACCUUCCUGCGAGCCCUACCCGCUGUGGAGCCCUCCUGGGCCCUCACCGCGCUGGAGCCCUCCCGCUGACCUACCCGCUGGACCCCUACCCGCUGCCCGCGAGCCCUUCCCGCUGGAGCCCUUCCCGCUGGAGCCCUUCCCCGUGACGCCCUUUCCCGCUGGAGCCCCUUCCCGCUGGAGCCUACUGCUGGAGCCUGCGCUGGAACCUACCGCUGGAGCCCUUACCCGCUGGACUCCCUACCCGCUGAACCCUACCGCUGGAGCCUUCCCGCUGGAGGCCCUUCCGCGGAGCCUUCCCGCGGCUGGAGCCCUUCCCGCUGGAGCGCCCUACCCGCUGGAGCCCUUCCUGCUGGACCCCUUCCCGCUGGAGCCCUACCGCUGGAGCCUGGCGCUGGCAGCCCUACCCGCUGGAGUCCCUACCCGCUGGAGCCUUCGCUGGAGCCCUUCCCGCUGGAGCCCUUCCGCUGGACCCCUACCGCGCUGGAGCCCUUCCCGCGAGCCUGCGCGGAGCCUUCCCGACUGGAGCCCUACCCGCUGGAGCCGCUUUCCCGGCUGGAGCCCCUUCCCGCUGGAGGCCUUCCCGCUGGAGCCCUUCCCGCUGAAGCCCUUCCCGCUGAGCCCUUCCCGCCCUCCGCUGGAGCCUCGCUACCGUCGCUGGAACCCUGGCGCUGGACCCUACCCGCUGGAGCCUUACCCCUGGAGGCCUACCCGCUGGAGCCCUUCCCGCUGGACCCUUCCCGCAGGCCUACCCGGCGAGCCCUUCCCGCUGGAGCCUUCCCGCUGGACCCCUACCGCUGGACCCUGCUGCGGAGUCCCUACCCGUGGAGCCCAUUUCACUGGAGCCCUCCCGCUGGAUCCGCCUUCACGCUGGACCCCUUCCCCGUGGCUGCCUACUCCGCUGGAGCCCUCCGACGGGCCCUCCCUGGAGCCCUACCCCGCUGGAGCCCUACCCGCCUGGAGCCCUUCGCCACUGGAGCCCUUCCCGCUGGACCCCUUCACGGCUGGAACCUUCCCCUGGAGCCUGCGCUGGAGCCCUUCCCGCUGGAGACCUACCCGCUGGAGCCCUACCGCCUGGACCUACCCGCUGGAGCCUGGCCUGGAGCCCUUCCCGCUGAGCCCCUGUGCCCGCUGGAGCCCUACCCUCUGGAGCCCCUUCCCGCUGGACCCUCUACCCGCUGGGCCGCUGGAUAGCCUCCCUUCCCGCUGGAGCCCGCCUCGCCCUCGCUGGAGCACCUUCCGGCUGAGCCCUUCCCGCUGGACCCCUUACCCCUGCUGGAACCGUUCCCCCUUCCCCUGGAGCUCCCGCUGGAAGCCACCUGCUGAGCCUGCCUGGAGCCCUACCCGCUGGAGCCUACCUCUCGGAGCCCUUCCGCUGGCCCCCUUCCCUGGAGCCUCCUAUCCCGCUGGAGCCUCCCGCCUGGAGACCCUUUCCGUGGUCUCUUACCACGCUGGACCCUACCGCGCUGGCGCCCUAUCCGCUGGAGCCCUACCGCUGAAGCCCUUUCCCGCUGGAGCCCUUCCCUGGACCCCACCGUGGAGCCCUACCCGCGUGGAGCCCCUACCCGCUGAGCCCUUUCGUGGACCCUACCCGCUGGACCCUUCCCGAUGGACCCUUCCGCUGGAGCCCUUCCGCUGGAGCCCUACCCGCUGGAGCCCUACUACUGGAGCCCCCCUACUGGAGCCCUUCCCGCUGGAGCCCUUCCCUCUGGACCCCUUCCCGGCUGGAGCCCUACCCCGUGGAGCCCUACCUACUGGAGCCACUAACCUACUGAGCCCUACCUACUGGAGCCCUUCCCGCUGGAGCCCUUCCUGCUGGAGCCCUUUCCGCUGGACCCUACCCCGCUGGACCCCUCCCCGAUGGACCCCUUCCGCUGGAGCCUGCCCUGCUGGAGGCCUAUCCCGCUGGAGCCCUCUACUGGACCUACUACUGGACCCUUCCCGCUGGCGCCUUCCCUCUGAGCCCCUUCCGCUGGAGCCCUACCGCUGGAGCCCUACCUCUGGAGCCCACCUACUGGAGCCCUACCGUACUGGACGCCCUUCCCGCUGGAGCCCCUUCCCGCCUCUUCCGCUGGAGCCCUACCUGCUGGAGCUUCCGCUGGACCCCUACCGCCUGGAGCCCUUCCCGAUGGACCCAUUCCCGCUCGAGCCUUUCCGCUGGAGCCCUUCCCGCUGGAGCCCUACCCGGAGCCCUACCUACUGGAAGCCUACCUCUGGAGCCCUCCUGCUGAGCCUUCCCUCUGGACCCCUUCCCGCUGGACCCCUACCCGCUGGAGCCCUACCCGCUGGAGCCCUACGCCUGCUGGCCCUUCCCGCUGGAAGCCCUUCCCACUGGAGCGCCUACCCGCUGGAGCCCUACUGCUGGAGCCCUACCGCUGGAGCCCUACCCGCUGGACCCCUUCCCUUGGACCCCUACCCGCUGGAGCCCUUCCCGCUGGAGCCCUACCGCGGACCCUACCGUCGUGGGCCUUCCCGCUUGGGAGCCCUUCCCGCUGGAGCCCUACCUGCUGGAGCCCUUCCCGCUGGACCCCUUCCCGCUGGACCCCUUCCCGCUGGAGCCCUUCCCGCUGGAGCCCUACCCGCUGGAGCCUGGCGCUGGCACUCUGCAUACCAACUACACACUGACACAUACUUACUGAACGGAGGCAUAGCAGCAUCUGACCCCAUCAUGGCUAUGCUGCUGAGAGCAGAGGAAUGCUGGGUAGAGAGACUGAAGGACCCCUCUGUCCCCCCGCCCCCUUCAGAUGAGCGCUACGAUGGAGGCGCACACGACCACACCAUCCCCGUCAAGAACCUCACCCCCCUGUCCAUGUCCCUCUCUAAGAGGGACAGUCUGUUGGAGAAGUGUGCCAUGUUCAGUGAGGUGGGAGGGGGGCUGAGCAGACAACCCUCACUGGACAACGGUCUGGACGGACCUACAGGACCCUACAGCAAACUGGAGCAGGUGAAGCUGAUGCCUCCGGCGCCUAAUGAUGACCUGGCGUCUCUCAGUGAACUCACAAACAGCAGCCUGCUCUACGAGAUGCAGAAACGCUUUGGCAAUGACCAGAUUUAUACCUACAUCGGGCACAUUCUUCUCCUGGUCAAUCCUAACAAAGAGCUCCCCAUUUACUCUUCACUGGUGAGUCAGUUGUAUCUGAGUUCUCUCAGGCGUCUGUGCUCCUCUCUGCCUCCUCACAUCUUCUCCUCAGCAGAGAGGGCCUACCACAUGAUGCUGCAGGAGCGACGCCCACAAUGCUUCAUCCUCAGUGGGGAGAGUGGUUCUGGGAAGACAGAGGCUUGUAAACACAUAGUGAGACACCUGGCAGUGAGGUCCAGCCCCAAAGGCUUCUCUCUUGAACCCAGGAUGAAUCAAGUGAACUGUAUCCUGGAGGCGUUUGGUCAUGCCAAGACUCCCAUGAAUGACAACUCCAGUCGUGUCAUCAAACUCCUCAGCCUGCAGUACUGUGACAAGAGAAAGACACUACUCAGAGGUCGUUUCUCAACAACGUCCUGUCUCACAGGUCUGUACCUCAACAACGUCCUGUCUCACAGUAGUGUGAUAGCUGUCUCUCACUGGUCUCUGUCUGUGUCUUCAAGGUACCUGAGUACAGGUGUUCCCGCAGGAGACUCCUCGCCUGUGGCCUCAGCCUCAACUCAGAGUAGAGACCGUCUCACUGCAAUCAAACAGGCCCUCAGAGCACUGGGCUUCAACAAACUGGAGAUGGACAGUGUGUUUAUGCUGCUGUCAGUGGUGCUGCAAGUUGGGGACCUCAGCUUCAUAUCACUGACAGACGCUGAGACCGCCUACCCCUCCAACAUGCAGCUGCUGGAGCGAGUAUCUGGAAUGCUACAGGUGUGUUCUGAUGACCUGAGUUCUGCCCUCACCUCAGAUGUGCAAUACUUCAAAGGUGAUGUCAUCACACGGCGUCACACGGUGGAGAUGUCACAGCACUACAGAGACCAGCUGGCUAAAGCCCUGUACGGACGCCUCUUCAGCUACCUGGUCAACAACAGCAACUACUACCUACAGGGACAGGACGACAACAUGGGAGAUCCUGCUCUUGAGAUUGGAAUUCUGGACAUCUUUGGAUUUGAGGAAUUCCAGAGGAAUGGAUUUGAGCAGCUGUGUGUGAACAUGACCAACGAGCGUGUGAGGCAGUAUGUCUCCGAGGUGCUGUUCCAGCAGGAGCAGGCCGAGUGUCUACAGGAGGCCAUCGCCAUGGAGACGCUCCGGUCACCUGGCAACCAGCCUGCCAUUCUAGACUUUUUCUUCCAGAAGCCUCAAGGUCUGCUGUCUGUGAUGGAUGAGGAGAGUCAGUCGCUGAGGCCUACAGAACAGACGCUCUACAAGAGACUACAGACACACCUCGACAACACACCCACACACGGCAUAUCCCUGACAACCAAGGACGGCAAUGGAAACCCCCCACCCAUAGACCAGGGUCCUGCCUUCACUGUGAAACACUACGCAGGCCAAAUGGCCUAUGACCUCACAGGAACACUGGUGAAGAACAAGGACUCCCUCCCCCAAAGCCUGCUACUGGUUCUGAAGUCCAGUGAGAGUGUGUUGGUGCAGCAGUUGUUCCAGUCCAAGCUGACCCAGACUGGGUCACUGGUACCGGGCCAGGCCAAGAUGGCUCUGAGGGGGCCCAAAGCAGCACUUCUCCUAAACAGGAUGUCAUCCCCCUCCACCCUGACCCCCGCAGGCCGCGAGCCUCGGAGGUACCUGGACCUCACCAAGCUCUUGAAGAAGAAGGGAGCAACAUCUUUCCUGCAGAGGCUGGAGAGGUGUGGUCCAGUUACGGUUGCUGUGCAGCUGAGGAACUCUUUGUCAGAUGUGGUCAGUAAGCUACAGGCGUGUACUCCUCACUUUGUGGAGUGUGUGCGCCCCAACAGCAGGGGCACGGCGGACUGCUUUGACAGUUUCCACGUGUCUACCCAGCUGCAGUAUGUAGGGGUGCUGGAGAUGGUCCGGACGAUCCGCUAUGGCUACCCUGUACGCCUGCCCUUCAACGGCUUCCUCACCAGGUACAGAGACCUAGUGGACACCACUCUAGCUGACAAAAAGAAGCUGUCCUCGGAGGAGAAAUGUCGCUUUGUUCUGCAGCAGUGUAAACUCCAAGGAUGGCAGAUGACCAGUAGUAAGGUGUUUCUGAAGUACUGGCAGGCUGACCAGCUCAAUGACCGCUGCCACCAACUACACAGGAAGAUCAUCACCUGCCAGAAAGUGAUCCGUGGCUGGCUGGCCAGACAGUGGUGCAUCGUAGACUGUCAUCUCAACAGACGGAGGACUGCAGUGUCCAGAGGUUCCUCCAGGUGCAGAAGACCAGGGCCUGCACACCUACGACCACUGGUCAUCCAGACGCCUCCGACAUCGCCCCGCGAAAGCAACCACCUGCGCUGCCAUGGCAACGGGUCACACGGCAACAGCCCGCCCCUCGGGGAGAGGCCCGAGCCAGUUUGGGAAAGAGGAGGACACACGCCCAGAGAUCAAACAUCAAGGGUUGUGGAGAAGAGCAGAAGAAACCAAGAUGGCUCGGUUAGUGGGGGGAGCCGGACUAUCCGCCACUUCCGCUCCAGCUCAGUGCCCAUCCCCCUGGCUAUGGAGAACUUGGUACAUUCCAGCCCUGGACCAUCCAUCAAAACAGCCCUGCAGCAGGUGGCCUAUAACAACGAGGAUGGGGGAGGAGGGGGGGGGCUGGCGUCACCACGGAAACAGCCUCCUCCCAAACCCAAGCGGGACCCCAACACUCGUUUGAGUGCGUCGUACGAGGCGGUCAGUGCCGGACUGACCCUGGGACCCUCGAGAGAGAGUCCCACCCCCGAGAGCUGCGGGUCGCCUGCAGGGAGCCCCCCAAAAACACAGCUGUCACCUACGGAUGCUCUGUCCAAGCCGCGGCCCCACAGUGAUGACUACACCACCAUGAGGAAGGUGCCUCCUCCCAAGCCCAAGAGGAGCCCAAACACCAAGCUCACGGGCUCCUACGAAGAGAUCAACGCUGCCGGCAUUAACCUCCUCCAGCUACGCCCUGCCGACGUCAAACUGGCCCUGCUGUCCCGCGCUGGGGGACUGGGGGGGGUGAUGCGGCACACAGCGUCUGUGGAUGGCACACAGGGGGUGACACUGAGCCUGCACCAUGACCAAGAUGAGGAGGAUGUGUACAUAGAGAUGGUGGGGGCUCAUGCCAGGAGUUACAGUCUGGGAGGGGGCCACCAGGACCCCCCCGACAGCCCCCAGCAGGGAGAUGCCGAGGCCGUCUACGAGGAGAUGAAGUACUUCCUGCCCGAGGAGGUGGGACUUCCGGUGGGAAGCACGGUUGCCAUGGCGACGGCCGCUGGGAAGUUGGAGGUGUUAGGGUUGAUGUUAGGGGGGUUAGGGUUGGGCUUGUCUCCCUCUCAGAGUGGGGAGGGGAAGAGGGCAGGGCUGGUGGGUCUAGCCACCACUAUGGAGGCCCAAACAUCCGCCAUCGGAGGAGCCAGCAAUAUCCCUGCACCCUUCCCCAACCUGCUCCCACACCGCCCCCCUCUCCUGGUGUUCCCCCCCUCCCCCGUCACCUGCUCCCCUGCGUCUGAUGAGUCGCCCCUCACCCCUUUGGAGGUGAAGAAGCUGCCUGUGUUUGAAACCAACCUGAACUACACCGGCCCAGACAGCCCCCUCUCCCCCCAGUACUCCCGCCAGCGUGCUGACUCCUCCCCCUCUCUCUCCGUCCUCCUCCCAGACAAGCCCACUCCUCCUCUCACCCCUCCUCCUCCYCCCCCCAAUGCCCUGCCUCCCCCCUACCGCCCCCCCUCCCACUUUCCUUUCCCCCCAGAGUCCAGCAUCCUCUCCCUUACCCGGGCUGCUUCCGUCACGGGAGGUGGCAGCUCGGACUCUCCCAAACCCUCCUACUCCUCCUCCUCUCAUAGGGCUGGAGGAGAGAAGCCCCCUCCCUACUCUCCGGCCAAGUCCACCCGUCCAGAGCCACGCCGUUCCCACUCCUGCUCCUCCUCGCCCCUGCUGUUCAACCCAGCCAACGGGAGACCCCUGACCAGUCCUCAGCCAGCCCUGGAUGAGCUCAACACCCUGUUCAGCUCUGGACGCAGCCURCUCAAGAAGACCACUACAGGACGCAAGAUGAGGGAGGGAGGGUUCAACUCCAACAUCAACCUGCCAGGGAGAGAGGAGCACCCAGGCUCCACCCCCACCUCCUCGUGUCCGCAGCUACAGGACAAGAACGCCAACAACCACGCCCCCCCCUCCCCAAGCCCCACUCCCAUUGAGAACGGCAACCGGCUGUCCAACGGUAAGAGCCAAUGUAGGUGUUGGGGUCAGGUGAAGCGGUGA